CUCAGCUUUGCCAGGAGCCUCAGCAGGAAGGCACAGCCAACGGAUGAAGCUUUCCACGGGCAUCAUUUUCUGCUUCCUGAUCCUGGGUGUCAGCAGCCAGAGAUGGGCUACAUUCCUCAAGGAAGCUGGUCAAGGGGCUAAAGACAUGUGGAGAGCCUACUCUGACAUGAGAGAAGCCAAUUACAAAAAUUCCGACAAGUACUUUCACGCCCGGGGCAACUAUGACGCUGCCCAAAGGGGACCUGGGGGCGCCUGGGCUGCUAAAGUGAUCAGCGAUGCCAGAGAGAAUCUUCAGAGAGUCACAGACCUUUUCAAGCAUGGAGACAGUGGCCACGGACUGGAGGACUCGAAGGCCGACCAGUUUGCCAAUGAAUGGGGCCGGAGCGGCAAAGACCCCAAUUACUUCAGACCUGCAGGCCUGCCCGACAAGUACUGAGCUGCCUCUCACUCUGCUCAGGAGACAGGGCUCAAGCGAGUGGAGACAGUGCUGAGCUAGGUUACUGUAUUCUGUAUCUGUAGUUCUUGAUAAUUGAUAAAGAGCACAUAAAAAUGUUGAACAAAUGCUUGUGAAAUCCAAUUUGCCCUUGGCAUUUGGAAACAGCAUAUGACAGCCUUCUUGGGAACAUGAGCCUAUUUAAUACCAUGGGGAUGAUCAAUAAACAUCAUAGUUUUUAAAAAGGAGAUAACGCACUAAUAAACAAUAGUAAUAAUUUGGGGUAAAACUUCACAGUCAUCCACUGGUAUCUGCUGGGAAUUGGUUUCAGGACGCCUGCAGAUACCAAAAUCCGCAAGUACUAAGUGCCUCAUAUAAAAUGCCAUAGUAUAGUUGACUCUCCACAUCCGCUGAGUGGAACCCCCCCAUGUGGAGAGCAGGCCAGCUGUAUGUCCAGAACACAGACUAUACUGUAUAAACCAUAUAUGGACUAUUAUAUGGACCAAUUAUCAGUCCAUAACUCCCUGUUCCAAAUCAUGGAAAAGAUAAUAAGAAUACCAUGAACAACUUUGGCAAUAAAGCUUAAAACUUGAUAAAAAUCAACAAAUUCUUAGAAAAAUACAACUUACAAAAACUGACUCAAGAAGAAAUGAAAACUUGGAUUAUUCUAUAAUUAUUGUAAAAGAUCAAAUCUUCCCCCAGAGAAAACAACAAUCCCAGAUGGUUCUAUAGACAAUUUAACCCUUCAAGAAAACAAAUGAUUGUUUUUUUAUACAAACAAUUCUGCCCAGUAGAAAAUAUCCCCAUCCUUUCUGUGAGGGUAGGAAAAUUUGACACCAUGAAAAUCGAAGGAAAAUUCAAGCAGUCAGAACUUUACAAGACUUGCCUGGUGGUACAGUGGUUAAGAAUCUGCCUGCCAAUGCAGGGGACAUGGGUUCAAGCCCUGGUCUGGGAAGAUCUCACAUGCCCCGGAGCAACUAAGCACG